UUUCAGCUGUAUUCAAACGAACCCAAAGUCUCCAUCCUCAAUCCAACAACAUGACUUUAGAGUCUCCUUCCUGGUUGCACUGCAAAUUGCGAAUUGGCAUAGCUGCCUGACACAAACAUGAUUAGUAGAAUUUCACCUCUUAUUGCUUUCCUGCUGCUUCUUUUCUGCAUUCGUUUUCAGUCCACCAACACUACCACCAAUGAUACUGUCACAAAUACCAUCCAACCUGGCCAUUCCCUGAAUACCUCCGAGACCAUUGUAUCCACUAAUGGAAUCUUCGAACUUGGUUUCUUCACUCCAGGAAAUUCAACAAAGUAUUACUUGGGAAUACGAUUCAAGAAAGUUUCUAAGCAGAAUGUUGUUUGGGUUGCAAACAGAGAGUACCCAUUCCCAAAUUCCUCUGCAGCUCUUUGUCUUAAUUCGGAUGGAAAUCUUGUAAUAUCCGAUGGCAGAAUGACAUACAUGGUGGCCAACACUUCAGCUGGAAACGGUACCUAUGCCAUGCUAUUGGAUACAGGUAAUCUGAUAGUCACAGACAAGGUCUUGGAGGUUUUUUGGCAAAGCUUUGACUAUCCAACUGAUACUAUUUUUCCCGGAAUGAUGCUUGAAUUAGAUUUUGUGGCAACAUCAUGGAAGAGUACAGAAGACCCAGCUCCUGGCCUUUUCUCCCUACAGCUGAGUUCUUCGGAUCAGCUAACUCUAAUGGAGGGGUCUAAAGUAUACUGGUCUAGUUCAAUCUAUACUUUUGGGGUUUUAUCCCACAGUAAUUGGUACGGGUACGGUAUUAUUUGGCCUAUGAAUUACACAUCUGAAAUUUCAAAAAUGGUGUUGGAUGUGUACGGGCAGCUUAAACUGCAGUCGUGGUCAGAAGAUGAUCAAAGGUGGCAUUCGUUACAGUCAUCUAGGUGUGGGGAUUAUGCUUUAUGUGGAGCUUUUAGCAUAUGCAAUGAAACUGCUGAAGUACCAUGUGGCUGUUUGACAGGUUUUAGACCUGUUUCUGCCGAUUCUUGGAGCAAAGGGAACUCGUCCAGUGGCUGUGUGAGGGAAACUGAUCUGCAGUGCACUAAGAAUAAUGAUGUUCAGAAUGAUGGGUUUCUUCACAUGUCUAAAGUUGACUGGCCUGAUAAUCCGCGGUAUUUGGACUUUGGCAGUGCUAACGAGUGCCAAUCAGCUUGCUUGAACAACUGUUCUUGUACUGCUUAUGCUUAUAGUUAUAAUGAUUCCAAAUCGCGAGAUGUCAAGCCUCCAUGCUUACUAUGGGGUGGUUCUCUAUUGAAUCUAAAACAACUCUCAGCCGAUGACAUAUAUGGGAUGGAUUUCAAUCUGAAACUUGCUACUUCGGAUUUGGUCAACCAAGACACAAACUCAAGGAAUCAAACAGCAACAGACGCAGUAAAUAACAAUUCAAUCUCUGGAACGAAUAAUAAGAAAUUGGGUGCAUUGCAAAUUUUGGUACUGACCAUGUCUACUCCGUUAGCAAUGCUUACAUUGGGCCUUAUGUUUUAUUAUGUGAGGAGAAAGCUUAGAAAGAAGGGGGAGGAUUUGUUACAGUUAGAUUUAGGCAUGACCCAAACAACAGAAAAUUCUGAGCUUUCUGAAGUAAAUAAGCCUGGAGAUGGUAAGAAAAAGGAAGUCAAAAUGCCAUUGUUCAGUUUAAAAAGUGUUUCUGCUGCAACUGAUAAUUUCUCAGAUGCAAAUAAGCUAGGAGAGGGUGGUUUUGGGCCUGUUUAUAAGGGAAUUUUACUGAAAGGGGGUGAGGUAGCUGUGAAAAGGCUUUCAAGAAGAUCUGGGCAAGGUUGGGAGGAACUAAAAAAUGAGGCAAUGCUCAUUGCCAAGCUCCAACACAAGAAUCUUGUCAGACUUUUGGGCUGUUGCAUUGAACGGGAUGAAAAGAUAUUAAUUUAUGAGUAUAUGUCCAAUAAAAGCUUGGAUUUCUUCCUUUUUGAUCCAGAAAAGCGCAAGAUUUUAAAUUGGGGAACACGGCUUCGAAUCAUAGAAGGAGUUUCUCAAGGGCUUCUUUAUCUUCAUCAAUAUUCUCGGUUCAGGAUUAUUCAUAGAGACCUCAAGGCCAGCAACAUUUUAUUGGAUAGUGACAUGAAUUCAAAAAUAUCAGAUUUUGGAAUGGCGAGAAUAUUUGGAGGAAACGAGUCUCAAGCAAAUACCAAUAGGAUUGUUGGCACUUAUGGCUAUAUGUCCCCUGAAUAUGCUCUGGAAGGCCUCUUCUCAAUCAAAUCAGAUAUUUUUAGCUUUGGCGUCUUACUGUUAGAGAUUGUGAGUGGUCAAAAGAACACUGGUUUUUAUCUAACCGAUUCUCGCCAUCUUCUUGGAUAUGCAUGGGAAUUAUGGACAAGUGAGAGGGGAUCGGACUUGGUGGAUCCUCUACUAGAUGAUGUAUCCUCUAUGCAUGUGGCACUCAGAUACAUUAACAUAGCUCUUCUCUGUGUUCAAGAAAGUGCAGCAGAUAGACCUACCAUGUCUGAAGUUGUCGCAAUGCUAAGCAACGAAAGUGCAGCUCUACCUUAUCCCAAGGAACCAGCUUUCUUGAAUGUGAGAACUGUCGUGAGAGAAAAUCCAAUUAAUAGCAUCACCGAAAUAUGUUCUGUGAAUAAUGCAUCGGUUUCAAUUGUGCAAGGCCGGUAACAUUUCAAAGGGUUAUAUUUCAAAUUUAGUGCUUAGUUCCAUACUUUUAUUCAGACCUUAUAUUUUUCGUUUUCUGUUCAUUUCAAAAUCCACCUAAUAAAGUCAGUUGUGCACUAGUCUUAUAUAAUAAAAGUUCACAAGCUGAAGACAAGAAGAAAAGGAACAGUAAAAGACCAAGACCAGAAAUCAAAGAGAAGAAGAAAAAACGACUACAGUAGCUUAAAGUAUUAGUCUCUUAUACUACAUGUCGUAUUCUAAUGUAUUAUCUGCUUGAUGUAUAAUACUCUUGAAUAUCACGUAACUAGUGGUUGUACAGAUAUCCUAUUUUACAUUGAUAGUACAAUAUAAACCAAUGAUUUUCUUGAAUCUAA